UUGAACUCUAAUCAACGGCCAAUAUUAGUUAUACCUCAUCACUCUCAACUUGGAAGGCUAAGUAAUGUCCUAUUUGGUACAUUCAUCCUCCUACCAUCGAAAACGAAACAAAUAAACACAAACAAACCAACCACAAUAAACGAUCUUAAUUAACACUAACCCAUCACUAAAACGACUAUCCUCCAAUGAAUUUCCUCCACGUGUCUGUUUUAAAUACUAAGCUAAAGCAACAUGGCUUGUGAUGGCCAUGUGUGGUUUCUUCAAGAUGGUUCCUUCAACUGUCGGCAAACUUUGAUGUCAAUAUACACACAAACCAACUUAUUGGUACACGUGGCACAUUCUCAUUCGUCCACAAGAUUCUCCAAUGAAGCCCUACAUAAUAUUUGGGUGGCAAAGUCUUUAAAUUCCUACUCUCUCGAAUAAGUACCACCAAAGUCUUUAAAUAGAAUUUUAAUUUAAAAAUACUUGUAAAUCUAUAAAUAUUUAUAUUUUCCCUCUUUCGGGGAGAAAAGAAAACAGAGUUGAAAAUGAUGAAGAAGAAACUGAAUGGGUACGUUGGAACCACUAGUAGAAGAGAAACGACGUCGUCUCAACCUGAGACGAAAGAAGAAAAAUCCGAAUGGGAAAUGAGACCGGGAGGAAUGUUAGUUCAAAAACGAAUCGGAAAACCUGAAGCUCCGGUGGCCAAUUUGCGCCUCCGAAUCGCCUACGGUGCACUCCGGCACGAUGUCUACGUGAGUUCCACGGCAACAUUCGGGGAGGUGAAGAAGGUGAUGAGCGAAGAAACGGGAUUGAAGGUAGAAGAACAGAGAUUGAUAUACAGAGGAAAAGAGCGAGAAAAUGGAGAGUAUUUGGAUGUGUGUGGAGUGAAAGAUAAAUCGAAGCUGGUGUUGAUUCAAGACGCUUCUAGUAUUGAGCGGCGAUUCAUUCAGAUGCGGAUUAAUGCGAAGAUCCAAACUGCAAAUCGUGCGAUCAAUAAUGUGUGUCUCCAGCUUGAUCAGCUAGAAGAGCAGGUCUCUGUGAUUGAAAAAUCAAUCUCCAAUGGUAUCAAAGUACCGGAAGUUCAGAUCAUAACGUUGAUUGAGAUGCUUAUGAGACAAGCAAUUAAAUUGGAAAGCAUUUCGGCAGAAGGAGAUGCCUCUGCGCAGAAAAUUUUACAGGGAAAGAGGGUGCAGAAGUGUGUUGAAACUCUGGAUAUACUGAAGACUUCUAAUGCAACAGUGAAGCCUGUUAUUGUUACAACCAAGUGGGAGAUUAUCGAUCAUUCUCCGUCCCCUACCAAGUGGGAAUUAUUUGAUUGAAUUUUCUUAUCCUCUCUCAUUUAGUAAAACCGAGUUAUUUGUGAACUAUGUCAAUGUUUGUUGUUAUGGGGAUACUAUGUAAUUAUUUUAUUUUAUUUUGGUAAAAACCUUAUGUGGAUGUUUUUUCAAUUGGAACUGAAACAGAAUUUGGAAGUGCUAGUA